UCCUUCCAUUCUUUCGGGAAUACUGUCUCCACUGGUAUAUGGAAAUGUCUGAAAAACAGCAAGAUCAGGUUUAGGACAGCAUUGUCUACAGACAAAGGGUGAAGGAUUUAUUCUAGAGACUGCGUGGAAAGGAACUGAUGCUGAGAGGGGGGACCGCUUUAUGAUGAAUUGAUUCGCAGGUCGAGGCGGCAGCGGUGAUGAAUGCGUGAGGGAUAUAAAACAGAUUUGCGCAGAUUUCGGUCACAGACUGGAGCAACGGUGGGAAACACCAAUCACGUGAAUAAACAACACCCAUGCCAUUGGAUAGAGUCGCACUUCCUUAUUGGCUUUGAAUCCGCAAAAUGCAGAAAGCAACGUACUACGAUAACUCUGGACUUUUUGGAGGCUACACCUACCCCAAACCUGACUCCUACAGCUAUGGCCCCGCACACCAGUCCUACCCCGCUGCCAGCAUCGACAGUGACUACCAGGGCCCGGUGUGUCCCAUCCAGACCUCCUCCGUCCGGCCACCGACCCUCAAGGACAGUGACCUGAACGGGGACUGCAUGCGGCAGAGCAGCAGUCAGAGCAGCAGCAGCAGCAGCCAGGCGACGAGCAUCGUGGAGCAGCAGGCUCCACCGCUGUCCGCUUCCUCUCCCAGCCCCAACAGCUCCGCGACCCAGAAGAAGAAGUCUCCAUCCGGCGGCGGCGCCUCCAACAGCGCCACACCUGCCCUCACCAAGCAGAUCUUCCCCUGGAUGAAGGAGACCCGGCAGAACGCCAAGCAGAAGAGCAACAACUGCACCACCUCAGGUGGAGAGGUGAGUGAUGAGAAGAGCCCGCCGGGACCGGCCUCCAAGCGGGUCAGAACUGCCUACACGAGCGCGCAACUUGUGGAGCUGGAGAAGGAGUUUCACUUUAACCGCUACCUUUGUCGCCCACGGAGGGUGGAGAUGGCGAACCUGUUGAACCUCACCGAGCGCCAAAUAAAGAUCUGGUUUCAAAACAGGAGGAUGAAAUACAAAAAGGACCAGAAGUCUAAAGGGCUCGCGCACUCCCCCCUGGGACACUCCCCGGACAGGAGCCCGCCGCUGAGUGGCCCGAAUCACAUUGGAUACUCGGGCCAGCUCCAGAACGGCCUCAGCUAUGACGCGCCCUCGCCCCCGUCCUUCGCCAAACCCCAGCAGAACAUGUACGGCUUGGCCGCGUACACGGCGCCCUUGGGUGGCUGCAUCCCGCAGCAGAAGAGGUACCCGGGCGCCGAGUACGAACACCACGGCAUGCAGAGCAACGGCGGCUUUGCCAACGCCAAUUUGCAAGGCAGCCCCGUUUACGUGGGUGGGAAUUUUGUUGAUUCCAUGCCAGCCUCGGGCCCCAUGUUCAACCUCGGCCAUCUUCCCCACCCCUCAUCCACCAGCGUGGACUACAGCUGUGCCGCUCAGAUCCCAGGAAACCACCAUCAUGGACCCUGUGAUCCCCAUCCCACAUACACAGACCUCACCUCUCACCAAGCGUCUCAGGGAAGGAUUCAGGAAGCGCCUAAACUCACGCAUUUGUAAUAUGUGGUUCCGGUGUGUGUGUGUGUGUGUGUGUGUGUGUGUGUGUCUGUAUGUGUGUGUGUUUGUGUGUGCGCGUGUCUGCGUGCGUGUGUAUGUGUGCCAAAAUUAUGUUGCGCUCUUUUUAU